AGAAACUAAGCAUAUCUAUCUAUCUAUCUAUCCAUUCACUACUAUUACUACUUCUCCUUUCUUUGAAACUAGAUAUCAGAAUAUGGGUACUGAAGCUAUUAAGAUGAUUUAUCCUCCUAAUGGUUUAAUGAUAGUUCCAAACCGUCAUGAAUUUGAGAUGAGAUCAUCAAUGGAGGAAGAUGAUCAGAAGGGAUCAUGGUUCGAGGAAGAGAUAGAUGUUGAUCUCAAAUGGUCCUUUGCUGUUAACAGAGUGCUUUACAAAGGGACAAGUGAAUACCAGGACAUCGUCCUCUUGGACACAAAGCGUUUUGGAAAGGUGUUAGUACUUGAUGGAAAGAUGCAAAGUGCAGAAGUGGAUGAGUUCAUUUAUCAUGAAUGUUUGAUUCAUCCUGCCCUCCUAUCUCAUCCCAAGGCAAAGAAGGUGUUCAUAAUGGGCGGAGGGGAAGGAUCUGCCGCCAGGGAAGUGCUCAAGCACAACACGGUUGAGAAGGUGGUCAUGUGUGACAUCGAUCAGGAGGUAGUUGAUUUCUGCCGCAAACAUUUGACAGCAAACCACCAGGCCUUCUCCAGCAACAGGCUUCAUUUGGUUAUCAAUGAUGCAAAGGCUGAGCUGGAGGAGAGGAAGGAUAAAUAUGACAUAAUAGUGGGAGACUUAGCUGACCCAGUUGAAGGAGGGCCUUGUUAUCAGCUUUACUCAAAAUCCUUCUAUGCCCAAAUCCUCAAAUCCAACCUCGCCCAUGAUGGUAUCUUUGUUACUCAGGCUGGACCAGCAGGAAUCUUCACCCACACAGAGGUCUUUUCAUCUAUUCAUAACACACUUAAACAGGUCUUCAAAUAUGUGGUUGCCUACACAGCUCAUGUUCCAUCAUUUGCAGACACAUGGGGAUGGGUUAUGGCUUCGGACGAGCCAAUCAUUAUAGAUGCAGGAGAGAUAGACAAGAGAAUUGAGGAGAGGAUGGAAGGAGAACUCUUGUAUCUCAAUGGAGCAUCUCUCCUUUCAGCCACCAUUCUUAACAAGAGUGUCUCCUUGACUCUGGAGAAAGAAACUCAUGUCUACACAGAAGAAGAUGCAAGAUUCAUUCCUGGCCAUGGCGUUGCUACACGCGGCUCAUCCAUUCUAAAUUUAUAGAAUUAUAUAUGAUUUCCAGAGAGACAGAAUGAACAAUGAAUGAAUGAACGAACGAUUGAAUGAAACUUAGUCAAUCUAUCUCGCAAUCACAACUGUAACUUUUAAUUAGUGCGUGUUACUUUCGAUAUUGAAAUGCCAGUAAUGUUGUCUCAAAACUUAAUCUCAA